UUGAGGGUUGUUCGAAAAUCUUUUGGUAUUGCCGUUGAACGCACGGAAUGCGAACUGUCGUUAGAAUUUAUUGAUUUUCUGGUCCUCUUUCCAGAGGCGGUUUUUUUUUUGGUUAGGCUCCGCUGAAGCGGCGCUCCGGAGGGCAUCGUGAAUUAGUGGAAAUCGCGAGGCGCAGAAAAACCUGUUAAAACGAAACAGGUAUUUAUUUAAAUGAAAAGCGGCUCGAUUUGCAUCACAAACAUGAGCGAAUCAAACGGAGACGUGUUCAGCAGCUCGAAACCAGUUUAUCUUUAGCUCUCAAUACAAUCGCACAAACCACCAUCAUCAUCACAUCCAUCCAACUCUCGCGCGACGACAUCCACUUUACGCAGUUAAAAAACACUUCCACUGCAAAGUGCAUAUAUUCGCACAGGAUUCCGAAGAGGAAGAAACGGGAAUCGAAAGGAGAGAUGUCAGUCAUCGGAAAGCCCGUUCUUUACUCGUACUGGAGGAGCUCAUGUUCGUGGAGGGUUAGAAUUGCUCUGAACUUGAAGGAAAUCCCAUACGACAUAAAGCCGGUGUCGUUGAUCAAAGCCGGCGGAGAACAGCACUCGAACGAAUUCCGGGAUGUGAACCCCAUGGAACAGGUUCCGGCUCUUCACAUUGAUGGAAACACUCUGGUGGAAUCGUUGAGCAUCCUGCAUUACCUGGAGGAGACCAGACCGCAGAGGAAUCUUAUGCCACACGAUUUCGUCAAACGUGCAAAGGCAAGAGAAAUUUGCGAAGUGAUAGCAUCCGGCAUCCAACCGCUUCAGAACCUCAUCGUGCUGAUCCACGUCGGCGAGGAGAAGAAGAACGAGUGGGCCCAGCACUGGAUAAACCGCGGUUUCAGGGCCGUCGAGAAGCUUCUGUCGGCGAGCGCCGGGAAGUACUGCGUCGGCGAUGAGAUCUCCAUAGCGGACUGCUGCCUCAUACCGCAGGUCUUCAACGCGCGGCGAUUCCACGUCGACCUCCGACCGUUCCCAAUCAUCCUCAGGAUCGACAGGGAAUUGGAAAACCAUCCGGCAUUCCGUGCAGCUCAUCCCAGCAAUCAGCCGGACUGCCCACCAGAAGCACCCAAAUAAAAUAAACAACAACAACA